AUGUUCAGAUUAUUCAUGAAGCUCCCUCCAGGAAUCGUCCAUGGUCAAGUGGCUGAUCGAAGCCCUAGCGUGACUCCUCAAGCCAAGAUUCUUCAACUACCAACGGAGAUCUUGGAUGCAAUCUUCGAUAACCUCGACGUCCUGGAUCGUUGCUGUUUCGCUCUAUGUUGCAAAUCACUGUUACGGUUGGCUCUCAGCAACGAGCAUCUAGAAUAUUUGCUCAUCACACCCCCGAAAAUCGAGAGCCUUCAACAUUUCUUCCAGGAUCAAUUAGGUCGUGGUUGGAUACCAAAUGACCUUCGCUAUUGCCCUGAUUGUGGAAAAUUCACCUCAACCGCAGAGUUUCGAUGGAGAAUUAUCAGUGAGAAAUACAGCAGAGAAUUAUCCGGCAGAGUGUCCCACAUUUGGCGAGCUCGAAGGGAAGAUGGAUGGCUGCGUUACUGGAUCGAAAGAUGGUGCCGGAGCGGGUUCGUUUCCGACAACAUGGCAACCGUGUCCUUGAUUCGAGAGGACCCCACGACACUCGUCUGUCCGAAAUGUGCAAUGCAGAACCCGGACUGUAACAAAUGGAGGCAGCUGAAAUCACAGCCUGCUCGUGAGCAAACGCUUCAAGUGCCACGCCGAUAG